AACCUUUCCUUGGAGCAGAAGCUGCGGAAGCGACCAGAAGCACAGACUUUGGAAUAAUCUGCGUGCUUGUGCGGUUGUGCCGCUGGGACCACCGAACCAAACGAUGUGGUUUUGAGUCUCUUGUGUAUGUUUAUAUAAGGGGAUCUAGCCGCUUCUUUUAUUCUCCGACCAUUUUCUUCCUCAUCCGAUUCGCUCUGGAAUUUUCCGUUCGACCGAAAAAUGGCUAACGUAAUGGAAUUGCUUCCUAAAGAAUAUGGCUAUGUGGCUCUCGUCCUCGUUCUCUACUGCUUUCUCAAUUUCUACAUGGCAGCUCAAGUGGGCAAAGCUCGCAAGAAGUAUAAAGUGUUUUAUCCUACCCUCUAUGCCUCAGAAUCCGAAAACAAAGAUGCUAAGCGCUUCAACUGCGUUCAGAGAGGGCACCAAAAUUCCCUGGAAAUGAUGCCUAUGUUUUUCAUGCUAAUGAUUCUCGGUGGGCUGAAGCAUCCCUGCAUUUGUGCUGCCCUUGGAGUUGUAUACAUCGUUGCUCGAUAUUUCUAUUUCACUGGCUAUUCCACCGGUGAGCCAGAGAACCGGCUCAAGAUCGGGAAAUAUGCUAUGUUGGCACUUUUCGCUCUAAUGUUUUGCACAAUAUCGUUUGGGUACAGUCUCCUUCAGCAGCCUGCUAGCUCGUGAUUGUGAUAUUAGAUUUUGUGCUUCGUUUCUUUCCCAUGUUUUUGUACCCUCUCCUUUCUGUUUUCGACUUUGUUAUGUAAUCAUACUAUGCCUAUGAUAAUUUAACUUAAUUCCGAUGGAGAGUGAAUAAGAUAGAGGGUCCGAUCUUAGCUGUCUCUGUAUCCCUAUUAGAACUAGGAGUCUCAGACUCUUCGUCCAGAUGGAUUGAAUAUGGAUCAUUGUACUUCGUGAUCUUAACAGUUGGAAACUUACAAGUUGUUGCGCUUCACUUCCUCAUCUUUAAUCCCUAUCUGAUCUUAUACUGGAUGAAGAUUUG